GUGCGUUCUCGCAACAAAGACCUGAUUCAGGAAACGUUUGUUUGUGAAAUCUGGCCGACACCUGCUGCUAAACCGCAAACACCACUGAGUGGGAUUCAUCCACUCGUAGACACGUAGCUUUAGAAGGUCGGAAAGUCGUUCGCAAUAUUUUGAGGAAGAAGCCGCUCGGAUGCCGUACAUUCAGAAGAUGUGUUUGUCUUCUGUUUCUGUUGUUUUUGUUUCUCUAACAGUUGCUUGUGUUUUCUCGUUUGCUUUGGCAGACGCGCAGUUUCCAAGUGGACCCCAUGUGUGUCGUUCUCAGACCCCUGAAUCUCCAUGUUGCCCAGGGUGGUCCCAGAUCUACUCCAAGGGACCCUGUGUGAUGCGGGGCAGUGCUGCAGCAGCCAUUUUGGCCACAGGCUCCUGGGAUAUCAUCAGUACAGUCUGUGCCCUGUGUGUCUACAGUAAGCUGUAACCUGCCUUGGCCCUGGCAGGUUUUCUCUAAUGGUGGUCAGAAAACACAAACCCCAGGUAAACCACAAAGACCUGACACCUCAAGUCAGCCAUGUAAGGGUGGGAACUGUGGCAGCAAUGUACCGCAGGGACCUCUACAACCAAGACAGCCUACACCCCAAGUUGUACGUCAGCCUCGUCCCCAGUCUCGCCAGCCAGUGAGAACGACCACAACAACACCAGCUCCGCCACAGUUCCAAAGUCGUCCCCAGGCACCAAAUGUGGUGUGUCCUCGAGGAUGGGUGAUGAGAGGAGGUCGUUGUGAGCAGCGUCGCCAUGGGAGACCAGAAAGGCCGACCAGUAGGGAGUGCAGUCCACAGUGCGCCAAUGGAGGUUCCUGUGUAGACGGCAGAUGUGUGUGUCGACCUGGGGUGACUGGAAAGACUUGUAAAACAGAUAUCAAUGAGUGUGAGGAGAGGCGUGGGUAUUGUCAGUACCAGUGUCGUAACACAUUUGGCAGCUUCAUGUGCACGUGCCCCUCUGGUUACACUCUCAAUGCUGACAGGAGAUCCUGCAAACCUAUUGGUUGCAUGCCAGACUGUAUGAAUGGUGGAACUUGCAGACAGGGACGCUGUUACUGUAGACCAGGAUUUAGAGGAGACAGCUGUCAAGAUGACAUUGAUGAAUGUAAGGACCAUGGUGACAACCUGUGUGAGAGUAUCUGCAGGAACACAUAUGGAAGUUACGUGUGUUUGUGUCCUCCAGGAGCCAGACUCAACUCUGACAAAAGGACAUGCUCCAACUCGGCUUGUAGCCCUCGUUGUCAGAACAAUGGCGUCUGUGUCAAUCAUCGCUGUCUCUGUAAACCUGGUUACCAUGGCAGAACGUGCCAAUUAGAUGUGAAUGAAUGUGAUCACUUCCGGCCCUGCAGUCACAAUUGUACCAACAUUGUAGGGAGUUUUAAGUGCUACUGCCCUGGAAAUCUUGUACUCGAUUACGAUCAUCGCACGUGCGUACGACCAGAGACGGCCAUUCCCGGGUCUGCCGUACUUCGUUCACAGCCCACCGGUGUCGCCUCUUGGCGGGAUGAUGAUAAAGAUAAAGAUAGGGUUGACUCCGACGUUGUAGAUUCCUCAGUCGACAAUCCAAAAGAGAGCAAAGUCUUGACAACACCAGUAUCUCCAUUGUUCCCAUAUCUUGACGAUGUUGAUUCUAAACCUAACGCUUUUGUGAAUAAAGACGGCAAACUUAUUGAUGUCAUAAACCACAGAGGCAUGAAGUUUAUGAAAGUGCACAUGGAUGAUAAAUCAAACCCGCAGGAGAAAUUCACUGAGCUCAAGAGUGAUUUUACAUCUGGCAUAUCACUGCCAACCAAGCAGCAAGCUCCUCAGGCUCUCGUUCCUCCUCUGAAUGUGGGUCUUCCAACCAAUCAGGGACAGGGAUUUGAUACUGUGCGGCGAGGUUAUGAUGACAGGGGACCAGAGCGUGGAGACAUCAGCCCUGAAGAACACUAUGGUUUCCAAGACUUCUGGAGGCAAACUCAGCCUACCAACCUAAAAACUGGCGAUUCAGAACAGUCACAAAAUGGCCAACAAAAUCAUAAUGGUGGCCCACCUCCCAGUAACUUGCCCACUAUAGUUAAAUCUCAAGGAAACAUGUUCAAACCACCAUUUUCGAAAUCGACUCACAUAGAUGAACACGAUGGCUCCGUGAUGACCAAAGAAGACAUGGGUGACGAGACAGUUAUAAAGCGUGUCAUUCCCGGCCAGGCUGUUAUCACCUAUAAGAUAAUACGUGAAGGAGAUGUGGAGGUGGAGUAUGUUGAUAAGGACAGAGGUCCUGGUAAUGUGCUGCCUCCUGGUGGUGAUAUAUAGCGCAUAGAAUAUAUAUAGAUCUCAUGAUCGUCAGAUAUCGUAGACAAAACACCAUUUCAUAGUUGCCCAAAAUAAUUUAUCAGAAGAUGUUAUUUUAUUGUUUAAAAGCGGCACGUACAAACCAGAUUGUAAGAAUAAUUUUUACUUAAAAGCUCCAUGUGGUGAAACGUGCCCCUUUUGGUCUUUUUGAUAAAUUGUUAUAAUAUGCUCAGUUAGUUGCGCAUUAGAGAUGAAAGUAGCUAUUAAAAUGGGAUGAAGUAAUUCCUGACAAUGGUUUUGUCUGCAUGCCUGACAUAAUUUCAUUAAUACCAGCUUCACAUGUUCCAUUUUCAACACGUUUUUCUGGGUUGCAUUUUGGACUAAACUUCGGGACGGGAUGAAAUGUUUCCGUAUCUUUAAGUCUACAUACAUGAUCUCGAAUUUAGAUGGUGCGUCUUUUUAAUAUACAUAUAUACUGAAUAGAUAUUUUAAUCGGUUGUAAAAAUACAGGUUAAGAGAAAACUAGUUUUAUAAGUAGGUGUAUUGUUUGUCCAGUAGUACGUAUUAUACAUUGCAUGUAUAGUCCUAUACACACGUAUGUCUUUGGGCAUUGCGUCACUUAUUAAUAUAGAUUGUGUAAAAGUAUAAAAUAAUAAUUUUAGAAUAA